CUUCGAGCUGAAAUCGCUAAAGUAUGUGAUCAGUCACUUCUCUGUCAAUCAUCAACUCCUGGUGAACUUGGUUCGACGUGGUUAAAAAAAGUUUUGGAAUUGUUUCAAAUUACAAAUUUGAAUCAUGGUUUGAUGCUCGUUGGUGGUAGUGGUAGUGGCAAAACAACGGCUUGGAAAGUUUUAUUAAAAGCGUUAGAGCGUCUUGAAGGUGUAGAGGGUGUUGCACAUGUUAUUGAUGCUAAAGUGAUGAGCAAGGAUGCAUUAUAUGGCGUACUUGAUCCGAAUACUCGUGAGUGGACCGAUGGGCUUUUCACACAUAUUAUUCGUAAAAUUAUUGAUAAUGUUCGUGGUGAAACAUCCAGACGACAAUGGAUAAUAUUUGAUGGUGACGUUGACCCUGAAUGGGUGGAAAAUUUAAACUCUGUACUUGAUGACAACAAACUGCUUACUCUACCAAAUGGUGAACGCCUCGGAAUACCACCAAAUGUUCGUAUCAUUUUCGAAGUAGCGGAUUUAAAGUACGCCACAUUGGCAACCGUAUCUCGUUGUGGUAUGAUUUGGUUUAGCCAAGAAAUGGUUACAUGUGAAAUGUUAUUUGAUAAUUUCUUAAAACGUUUAAGAAAUGUUCGCCUUGAUAUUGAGCAAUCGAUUGAUAUAUUAUCGAUGAAAGUAGCACCAGAAGAAGGCACAACACCAGAAGCUGAGCGAGUAAUUAAUCUGCAAAGAAAAUGUGCUCAUUAUUUAGCACAACAUAUGAGUGCCGAUGCACUUGUUCCCACAACUUUAAAGUAUGCUAUAACAGAACUUGAUCACAUUAUGGUACCAACACAACAAAGAAUGAUAUCUUCAUUCUUCUCUAUGAUGAAUUAUGCAGUUCGUCAGCUCAUCAAUUACGAAAAUGCUCAUCCUGAUUUUCCGAUGCCGGUAAUCAAAGAUGAGGAAAUCGAAUCUUAUAUCACACGUGUUAUGUUGGUAAAUAUUGUUUGGGCAUUUAGUGGUGAUAGCAGGUGGAAAUCGCGUCAGCAGUUAAGCGACUUUGUACGUCAGUCAUCCACUCUUCCUUUGCCACCUAAUGCUACGUUACCAAUCAUCGAUUAUGAAGUGGCUCUCUCGGGUGAAUGGUCUCAAUGGACUUCCAAAGUUCCGAAAAUGGAAGUGGAAGCUCAUCGUGUAGCGGCCGCUGAUUUAGUUAUCCCUACAAUAGACACCGUUCGGCACGAAAUGCUUCUUAAUACUUGGCUUUCAGAACAUAAACCAUUAGUGCUUUGCGGCCCACCGGGUUCUGGAAAAACAAUGACUCUUCUCUCUGCACUUCGCUCAUUGCAAGAUAUGGACGUUGUGAGUGUAAACUUCUCCUCAUCUACCACUCCGGAAUUGCUAAUGCGCACGUUUGAUCAUUACUGCGAAUAUCGUCGCACUCCAAAUGGUGUUGUUUUGGCACCAGUUCAAAUUUCAAGAUGGUUGGUCAUAUUUUGCGAUGAAAUCAAUCUUCCAUCACCUGACAAGUAUGGUACACAGCGAGUUAUAUCGUUUCUGCGUCAGCUUGUUGAAAUGAAUGGAUUCUACCGGCUCUCGGACCAAACGUGGGUAUCUUUGGAACGAAUUCAGUUUGUUGGUGCUUGCAACCCACCUACUGAUCCUGGACGACAUCCACUCUCACUGCGUUUUUUACGUUACGUUCCAGUUGUCUAUGUUGACUAUCCUGGUCAAACAUCUCUGUUACAAAUCUAUGGAACCUUCAAUCGAGCUAUGUUGCGUUCGGCUCCAUCAGUCCGUAGCUUUUCAGAACCAUUAACAAAUGCCAUGGUUGAUUUUUACUUACAGUCGCAGGAGCAUUUCACUCAAGAUGAGCAACCCCACUAUAUUUAUUCUCCUCGAGAACUGACUCGUUGGGUUCGUGGAAUUAGCGAAGCAAUCACUCCUCUUGAUAGUGUUUGUCCAGAGGCGCUCGUUAGAUUAUGGGCACACGAAGCUUUGCGUCUUUUUCAAGAUCGUCUUGUUCGUGACGAUGAACGGGAAUGGACUGAUCAAUUGCUCGACAGCGUAGCUGAAAAAUACUUCGGUGCUUCGUGUGAUCUCAAACGUGCAUUAGAAAGACCAAUGCUUUAUUCGUGCUGGCUAACGAAGCAUUAUUUACCGGUGUCAAAAGAACAACUGAAGGAGUAUGUUACGGCACGCUUGCGCAGUUUUUAUGAGGAAGAACUCGAUGUUCAGUUAGUUCUGUUCGAUCAAAUGCUUGAUCACGUAUUACGCAUUGAUCGUAUUUAUCGACAGCCACAAGGUCAUCUUCUACUGAUUGGCACUUCUGGUUCGGGCAAAACAACUCUCUCCAGAUUUGUUGCUUGGAUUAAUGGGUUGUCUGUUUUUCAGUUGAAAGUUCAUUCCAAGUAUACAGCAGCUGAUUUUGAUGAAGAUAUGCGAACUGUACUUCGUCGAGCGGGUUGUAAAAAUGAAAAGAUAUGUUUUAUUAUGGAUGAAUCAAAUAUGCUUGACACAGGUUUUCUAGAGCGGCUCAAUACUUUGCUUGCGAAUGGCGAG